AUGGCCGACGCGCACCUGGCGCCGCCCCCACCACCGCAGAAUGUUCAGCCAGGGGAUUAUCUCGUUGUUGUUCAUGGCCACGUGGGGGGAGAAGAUGAAUUGCAGAUGCGAUGCAAUCAACUGAUCAGGUUGGUAGAGCUCGACGACGAAUUCGGAGAUGGGUGGUGGCUUGGUGAACAUGCAGAUACAAACCAGAGAGGACUCUUCCCCGCAGGUUUCACCAGGAAAGCUAAAAGACACGAAUACCAGCAAUAUGUCAAUGCGCUUCGCAUUGAUUCUGGUCAGGGGAUGUACUCUUUAGAAAAGACCGAGUCGCCGGCCCAGAUCGAACCAACUACCCCGAAAGACAGAGGCUUUGGUGUUGGGGAGAGUCAACAGACUACUCCUCAGGCAUCGCGACAAAACAGUAUUCCGGAAGUGUCCCGAGUCAUGGAUUCCCCUGCGCAACAUCGAUCAGCCUCAUCUCCGUUGCCACAGUCUACCUUGGCUGCCGAUAUUCAAAACGCAUUACGUCCGUCCGGAAGUCAUCAUGUAAAUGGAGAGGAGAGCCCGGUGAUGAAUGAAACACUGAGCGUGAUCGAUGAACACAUCACCGAUAUGAACACCCCUCGUCACAGCCUUUCCACGCAGGAUGCAAAGACAAUCAACGACUCUGGCAGCGAAUACAGUAGCCACAUCAGCCAUAGAUUGUCCUACAUCAAUGGACAUGAGACGGAUGAGGAAGAAGGUGAAGCUUUGACCGAGGAGGACGUCAGACGAUGGAAUCAAAUAGAGACUGCCAAUCACUUGCGAAGCCUCGGCGUGGAUCACAAACAUUGCGAUAUCUUCGAAAUUGAGGAGAUUACGGGUGAGGUGCUGCUUGAGAUGAACCAGGACUUCCUUUUCAUGAAAGAGUUUGAUUUUGGCGUUAUGGGCAAGCGACUCAAGACCUGGCACAAAAUCAAAGCAUUCCAGGAAGAAGUAGGAGUAGGCGGCGGCAGACAACCUCAACGGCAGCCAUCGCAGCACAACCGAGGCACCAUCGUCGGCUACCCCAGCCCUCACGAUGAACGAUCAAUGUCCCGCGCCAGUCAAGCUCACCCAGGGCCCUUCCUUCCUCGUAUCCCAACCGUCUCUGAGAAGACUGGCGCAGGCUAUUCGCGAGCUGCAUCUAUGGGACCUGGGCAACAUCCAAGACUGGCCAGCAAUGGAAGCUCACCUAUCACACCCAUGACUCCUCCUCGCUAUCCUGCACCAGACUCCAGGAGGUUAUCCGCUGCUUCGAUUCGCGAACUCAAUCACAGUCGCCGACACUCAUCUAUCGAUACGACUCAGCGCGGCGUUCCCGAAUUCUAUGGCCACCAGAAGAAGCCAUCGUUUGAUCGAAGUUGGACUCUCAACGGUGGCACCAGUGGACUGCCAUAUCGUCCCGGAACCUCGGUAGGCACUCCAUCAGAAGGAUACCGGACUUUCCGUGGGACCACUGAAUCAGAACCCAACACUCCGGAGGGAUUCGAUGACUUGGAUCGGGGAUAUUUCUCGGGCACAGAAGUGGAUACGCGUCGAACUCGGCGUCUACAGAAACGAAAUGCGUCGAACAGUGGUAGCAUUGGUCAUCAUUCUCGGAAGUCAAGCCACCAUGAGGAGCCGCCAUUGCCUCAACUUCCCAAACGCCAAUCCAGGAUUGGUAGCGUCGACUCUCUGCGCGACGAUGGGAAACAUGUCUCGACUGCAUCUAAGAUUUAUAACGACUCUCCCGCCACAAAAUCUCGUCUGCGCAGUCUGAGCCAGCGAAGCUCGGGUCCGGUUGGCCGCACUUCUACGUCGUCCAACACCGAUACAAAAUCUGGAUUUUUCGCUAGUCUCGCGCCUAAGAAGAAAGGUGGUGAUGCCGACAGCUCUGCUCGUGCAUCGCACUUUCAACCUCUAAGGAAUGUUGGUCCAAAGAUGCGACGAGCCGUAGGAAUGCGCGCAAUCUCAGAUGCCGCCACCAAGGAUAGUUCUGCCCCUGCCUCUCCCCGAGAAUCCGAGGGUAAUGUCGCUCGUACCGGCUCUACCACGCCGUCUGGAACUUCGAAGAGCUCAGAACGACACAGCACUGACGGUUCCGGUAAAGCCGGCGAGGCUCCUGGAUUCGUUGUCCGUCCUCGAACUGUGAAAUCCAAGAAGGAUACCAGCGCCUAUACCCAAGGUCUGGAGAAGAAGAGCCCACUGGAGCAGAUGGGUGGAUGCGACUACCAUGGUUGGAUGAAGAAGAGGUCCUCCAACCUGAUGACUACAUGGAAGCCUCGGUUGUUUGUUUUACGUGGUCGACGUCUUUCUUAUUAUUACACCGAAGAUGAUCUGGAAGAACGAGGCUUAAUCGACAUCACCGCCCACCGCGUGCUUCGAGCAGAUAAUGACCCCAUCGUCGCAUUGCAUGCAACGGUCACCGGAUCCACAGCUCAACCUGCCAAUGCCGGCAGCACAGAGCAAGGAGCGAAGGGCGCCAGCAGUCCCUCUGGCUCCGAAUCGACAAAGCUCAAAGAGCCAAGUGGACCUUUCUUUUUCAAGCUGGUGCCUCCAAAGUCUGGAAAUUCACGCACCGUUCAAUUCACCAAGCCUACUACCCAUUACUUCCAAGUCGAUAAUGUCAAGGAGGGUCGUCUUUGGAUGGCAGCCCUCAUGAAGGCAACUAUCGAGCGCGAUCUAGAUCAGAUUGCCGUCACGACCAAUAAACAGAAGACUAUCAGUCUCAAGCAAGCCCAGCUCAUGCAACAACGGCCGCCAGCUCUCAUGGGCAACCCGCGUCAUCUCGAAUCCGAGAAACUGGUUGAAGAGGACGAGGAAGAUGAAGGUCUUCGAAUUGAAGGACUCAAUUUGACCAAAUCUGGAUCUUCAGAGGGCAACUCUUUUGUUGACGUCAAGGGCGAAGUGGACGGAGCCUCUCACGCUUCUCCUAUUACUCCUGAUGAAUCCAAUCCCAAUCCUCUUGGAGAAAUUAACAUGGGCCCGACUUCUCUUCUUCCUAGUCCUCUGGCUAAGAAUGCUUAA